UUGAUUCAUUGUUCAUAUGUUGCGAUAUAAUACAACAUACAUACUUAUUUACCCGUACGGUAUGUUGACAAGGUAUGCGAUUUAUAAAUAUAUAUAUAUAUAACUGCUGAUAGGUUUUGAUAUACAUAGAAACAUACGUACAUACAUAGAUAUAAACAUAUAUACAUACAAACACAUAUACAGACACACUAAUAAUGUUUGGUUGGCACGUGAGAUAUAUCUAUCUACAUUUACUGGUACGUUUGUAUGCUGGUGAGAUAUAGGCUGUUUUCUUUGGACUGGAUACAAAAGCACUAUUAUAUAUGUUUUUAUUUACUUAUAUAUUUAUUUGUGUGUGAAUUGAAUUGAUAGACAUUCGUCAAAUGAAUCAACUUCGUUAUAUUACUGAUAUUUAUUUCACGGAUGGAAAUUAAACUUUCAACCGAUAAGCAGGUUUUUAUAUGCAAAACAGACAAGGAAAAAAUUUUAAUACCGCUGAAGAAUUGAACUCGAAAUUUCGCUGUUUGAUCUACCCACACCACCGCCACUUAUACAGAGCGUGUGAGUGUGCGUGCGUGUGUGUGUGUGUGUGCGGUAGAAAGAAAGUGUGUGAUUGUGUGUAAGUGUAUGUGUAUAAAGAGAAUGAUAUUCGUUUAUUAAACAACAGUUCCGAUAUGCUGAUAUCAACAUGGUUAAUGUAAAAAGUCAAGGUUUCGGAGCAUUUUCAAUAAUGAAGAAAUUUUUGUUGUUGAUUGUCAGUUACGAUACUUUCGGUGGGGGUACAGGUGUGACAGGUGUGGCAGGUGUGACAGGUGUGACAGGUGUGACAGCAACCACUGUAACAAUAGCGAUGGUGAGACCUACAAGAGGCCGAAACUCCAGUGGCUACCAUCUGAAUAGCAAUAACAUCACCGGCACCAUCAGCAGGAGCAACAAUAAAAAUAACAAUAAAAACAACCAGAACAGUAUCAUCAUCAUCGCCAACAACAACAACAACAACAGCAAUGACAGUGUCGAUAAUAGCACGGGCGAUGGAGUCGGUUUUGAAGCUGGAAGUUUAGGUUACCAUGUCAACGGUGAACAGCGACCCCUGAACCAACGCCAGCAGACAACUCACAAUGACCACCAUUAUUCUUAUCACCGCCGACAGCAGAAACGCCGCAACAACAACAACAACAACAACAGCUACCACCAUCCUUAUGUGUACGAUAAUCUUUUUGACGAUGUGGAUAACAUCAGCGACAUCGGGGACAACAACAAUAACAAUAUUAGCAACAACAACACUAAUAAUAAACGCAACCAAACAACGUCGAAUCGAAACUUUAAACAUUGGAUUACGGACAUUCGGAUACCGUUUUACAUCAUAAUCUUCAUACUGGCCGUUGUUGGUAACUCUUUGGUCAUCCUUACCCUUGUCCAAAAUAAGCGCAUGAGAACCGUGACCAAUGUGUUUUUGUUAAACCUCUCCAUCAGUGACCUUCUCCUGGCAGUUUUCUGUAUGCCCUUUACACUAAUACCUACUAUAAUGCAGGACUUCAUUUUUGGGAAAACUGUUUGUGUUUUGAUACGAUAUUUACAAGCUGUUUCAGUGGCCGUAAGCUGUUUCACUUUGGUCGCAAUAUCUCUGGAACGAUACUUCGCCAUUUGCCGACCUCUACAGUCUCGUAGUUGGCAAACGGUUACUCACGCUUACAUCUCGAUCGUUAUAUGCUGGGCACUGUCAGCUAUGAUUACAAUACCAAUCGCCACUUACAACAAACUGGUACCUUACAUAUCAUUUAGCAAGUGUGAAGAAAAAUGGCCGGCUAAAAUUGGAGAGCAGAUCUAUACGAGUUUGUUGGAUUUGGUUCUACUGUUUGUACCAAUUUUUAUUAUGUCCAUGGCAUAUGGAAUGAUCUGUUUCACCCUUUGGAAAGGAAUUCGUCUCGAAAGACUUGCAGAAAAAGUGAAUCAGAAAAGGCAAGGAACCUCAGAUGAAAUUGAAACAAUGAUGUGUAGUGGAAGAGCGGUCGGUGAAACUCCUAUCCGUACUCAGAAAAGAUCGAAACACUUCUACGAUUACAGUGGUGGCAUACGACAAUCUAACAGUGAAAAGAGUCAAGCUGCAAAACUACGGGUCAUCAGGAUGCUAUUUGUAAUAGUAUUAGAAUUCUUUGUCUGCUGGUGUCCUCUUUACUUCAUUCAAACUUGGUUGUCGUUUGAUAGUAAAGGGGCAAAUGAAAAUAUAUCGCCAACCCUACUGGGGUUCGUCUAUCUUCUCGCCUACACAUCAUCUUGCACUAAUCCCAUAACGUACGCUUUCAUGAACAAAAAGUUCCGUCAAGGAUUUCUAUCAGUUUUUCGUUGUUGCAAAGUAAGCAAAUCAAACAUCAGCCGACGUCCCAACACAUCAAUGUCAGGAUUCAAUGCCUCAUCUCGAAUAGCAACAAGUCGUAUAGUGUUAUACGAUAAAGUUCAGUGAGACUCAUGGUCGCUUUCGAAAUAUCACUUUAAUGUAAAAGCAGUCAUAAAUUUACUCUUUAUCGGGGUAAUAAGAUUUUUCGUAUGAUAUGAGAGAGAGAGAGAGAGAGAGAGAGAGAGAGAGAGAGAGAGAGAGAGAGAGAGAGAGA